AUCCGAGGUCCGUCAACCGCUGAAUCGUCUUGCUUCUGGUUGGCCAAUAGGAAGUCGAGAUUGUACCGGAACCACUGCCAGGCACCCUUCUUGUCCCUGACGCAUGGUUAGUUUAUCAUGAGUACAUUAACUCAAUCUGAGGUAUCUCGUGUAGAUGAUGAACCCCCCAAGAUCAUUCCAAAUGUACUGAACGGCACAGAAUGCGGCGAAAUAAAAUCUCCAGAUGUGAGCCUCAUUGGACGUCGCGUUGUCCAUGAUGAGCACUUCGGCACCAUACAUUACGUCGGAGAACUACCAGGUUCAGCUGGCUUUUGGCUAGGUGUGGAUUGGGACAAUCCUUCCAGGGGGCGCCACGACGGAACCUACCGUGGGGUGCAAUACUUCCACACGAGUACAGUAACAUCGGGCUCCUUUGUAAGACCUGAGAAAGUUUCGCUGGGCACCAGUUUAGAGGAGGCGCUGGUCUAUCGAUAUGUACUCUGUGCAGAGUGUCAGCUGUCUGCAUCUCUCAACCCUUCUGGGACUGGUAGCGUGGACAAAGACCGUGCAGAUCCACGGAAAACGUUGUUCCAGCCCACCGAUUCACCAGGUCGGUUGUCCGCUCUUAUGGGGGCUAGUCUGGAUCCUGAUAGUUUGGAAUAUUGCGGAAUGUCUAAUGAAUCGGAGCGACCAAUUCGUAUUGAGUUAUUCACUACACCAGCUAAUUCACAGGAUCCAGCACAGCACCGCAGCUGCGGUCCUCAAGGUGCUGAAACAGCUUUAAAGUAUUUGCGCACGGUGACAUUUCCUUUGGUCCCCGUAUAUCGUGCUCUACGUGGUCCUCCAUCGCCAGAAAUGGCUAGUCUCUGGCCGCAGCUUGGUGGUACCUUGGGGCACUACCUCCCAAAUUUGUCGAAACUGGAUCUUAGUGGAUGUCUGGUUAGCAGGUGGAAGGAGAUUGCUGAAAUUGGCAUCCAACUGCCGUGGCUGAAGUCAUUGGACCUCAGUAGCAAUCACCUCCGCCUUCCUCUGCUUUUGGCCAGCCCCAGUGGUGACGCAGAACAAACACUCCGUGUGAAGUACGACUUGGAUACGCACCCAAGUGACGAAAAAUUGUUCUCACAAGCAUUUCCCAAUGUUUGCUGCCUUGUACUUGUGCGCUCAUUAUUUCUGGAUUGGCCUGGUUUGUUGCGAAUCAUUAAGUGGAUGCCUUCGCUCAAAUCUCUAACAGUUGCUUACAAUCAGUUAGGUAACCUACCAACCAACCUGGACGUUGAUACAGUGCAUGCUUUUCACCGAUUAGUUGAGUUGGACCUUACUGCAACAGGAACAAGUGAGCUCGGUUACCUAUUCUCCAUCCUCGGACCGUCUACGGUUUUGGACACAUUACUAUUGGGUCAGAAUCCCAUCGCAGCUUUCCCUGAAUUACCCGUCUCUCCCGAAGCGGUACGGUCAGACGAUCCGUUUGCCCCCUCUAUAUGGUUUCAAGCGCUCACCACAUUGAAUAUGAGGAAUACAGCGUUCACUAACUGGCAUCCGAUAAAACAACUAUUACGAUUGCACAGAUUGGAGCAAUUGACUUUUUCCGAUUGUCCGGUUCUGGAGAACUUGACGAUAGAAACUGCGCGACAAGAACUCAUUGCUCGCCUUCCACACGUGUCUUGCAUUAAUCGGAUCCAAGUCUGUCCAGACGAACGGCGUGGCGCUGAGCUAGAUUACUUAAAACGUUAUGGCGCAGUCUGGCGGUCCUCGGGAGGUGCACCAAUAGACACUGGUCCUGGACCUGUUGAUGAUAAGAACGCCAUUACCAUGAGUCCGGAUUUCGCACAAGAGCAUCCAGUGUUUGUCAAGCUGUGCAGUAAAUGGGGCGUACCAGAUGAUGGGGAAUCCAAGUUGAUUACCCGAUCGCUUAAGGAAGGGCUCAUGAACAUCACAUUCGUGUUAGAAGACCCAGACAAUAAAAAUGUAUCUCCCACACUCCUGUCCUCACAAUCGCCCAAAUUUGUGAAUCAGAAAGAACUAACUCGCCGCAUUCCCGGACGAAUGACUGUUGGUCACCUGAGAAUGAUGGUACGUCGCUUAUUCAAAAUUCCUGCCAAAUCCUCCUUCGAUCUGGUUGCUCAAGGUGAACGCCAUCGGAAAAUUAAUACGGAAGUUACCUUGGAUUCGGACACACGCGAAUUUGGAUUCUAUUGUUUGGAAGACGGCGAUAAGAUAUAUGUGCGAAUCCACGCUUAACUAUUCACGUUGUAACUUCUUGUUGUGGCGCUUUAUCUCACCAUCUUUCGGGUCUCACAAGACAACCGCCUUUCUGGGCCCAACUUUCCUCGGUGUUACUAUACGAAAUCGGCCCGGUCGAAUAGAAUCGGUUGUAUUUCCCCGUGCCACUUUACCUGCAAUCUCUACUUGCACAUUCAGUACAUGACACUCGUCCUUAUGUUGUUUCCAAACAUGCUAACCUUGAUUCUGUCAAUGCUGAAGAGAUAGACCCAUGUUGCAGUUGUU